CCUAGGGUUUUAGCCUUCUCUAUCUUUACAACCCUGGUUGUAAAUUCUGAAGAGAGAGGCAGCGAAGCAAAUCUUCAAAACAAACCAUGUCGGCCUCAAAGCGAUACAGCAUGCCGGAAAUUACGCCGGAAUCACUCGCCGCCUCCGGCAGAAGCUCGGAAAAGCUCAGCCUUCCGGUACUCCAAUCGAAAAUGAAGUGCGAUCCGGAAGGCUACGAAACAGAGCUAUCUUUACUCUACAGUCAAUUCAAGUCAUCUCUCGAAUUGUUCCGGCAACAAGCGGCGCUCAAUUUCACUUCGAUAAGUGGUAUCGGCGGCGAUCCUACUGUUGCUAAAGACCUCGGGGAUAGAGCUAUGUUUUUGGCUCAUGUUACUCCUUUUUACCCCAGGCAGCUCGUUGAGUUUCCGAAAGAGCUUGCGAAUUUUCUUCGGUCCGCUGCGAGAACAUUGCCUAGCUUUCUUAGGUGUCAAAUGACGCAGGCGUUAAUACUUCUUAUUAAUCGGCAGACAGUUGAGAUUGGUGAGAUCCUUGCGCUAUUUAUGGAACUUCAGACCUUGGGUGACAGGAAUUUGCAGAAGUUAGCUUUCUCGCAUGUUAUUCAUACUAUCAGGCGUAUGAAUCAGAAGCACAAGAACGAAGCCAGAAACCGGUCACUUCAAAACAUAUUAUUUCCUAUGCUACAGGAGGAGGAUGAGGCAAAAGCAAAAAGAGCACUUGUGACAUUAUGUGAUCUUCACCGGCGAAAGGUGUGGUUCGAUGAUAGGACAGCCAACGCUAUAUGCUCAGCCUGCUUUCAUACAUCACCAAAAAUCAUGAUUGCUGCUUUGUCAUUUCUACUCAACUACGAGAAUAUUGAGGACGAUGAUAGUGACGAUUCAAGCAGUGAAGAUGAAUCUACACCACAACAUCAAAUUGUCCUCAGCAAAGAAGCCGUGUAUAAGGCAAAUAAUACGGGAACAACUUCAAGCAAAAAGAAAAAGAAAGCAAAAUUGCAGCGUGUCAUUCGUAGCAUGAAAAAGCAGCAGCGCCAGUCUUCAGAAAAGACUACAAGCUUAAGUUCAUAUUCACCUCUUAACCAUUUAAAUGAUGCUCAGGGAUUUGUUGAAAAGAUGUAUUCUCGUCUCCAAACUGCUGACAAAUUUGAGGUUAGGAUGAUGAUGGUGAAAGUUAUCGCUCGAACUAUUGGCCUGCACCGCCUAAUUUUAUUGAACUUCUAUCCAUAUAUUCAGAAAUAUGUUCAGCCUCAUCAGCGAGAUGUUACAACCUUACUUGCAGCAGCAGUUCAGGCCUGUCAUGAUAUGGUACCACCUGAUGCAGUUGAACCACUGUUCAGACAAAUUGUAAAUCAGUUUGUGCAUGAUCGUUCUCGCACUGAGGCGAUUUCUGUUGGACUAAAUGUCGUGCGGGAGAUAUGUUUGCGAAUUCCACUGUUGAUGACAGAAGAUUUGCUGCAAGAUCUUGUAUUAUACAAAAAAUCAAAUGAGAAGUCUGUUUCAUCAGCUGCUCGUUCACUUAUUAGUUUAUUUAGACAGGUUUGCCCCUCACUUCUAAUCAAAAAGGAUCGUGGCCGCCCUAUAAACCCAAAGGCAAGGCCUAAAGCGUUUGGGGAGGUGAAUGUUUCUAGCAAUGUCUCUGGUGUUGAGUUGUUGCAACAGGAUGAUGAAGAAAAUGAGGACGACAAUGGAAGUGAUGACGACAACGAGAUUGAAUUUGGUAGUUCUGAUAAUGAUUCUGAAGAUGGUACAGAGAUUGGUACUGCCUAUAGUGGUAGCGAGGAUUCUGAAAAUCAAUGUGGGAGUUCUUCUGAAUCUGAAGAUGACCUUGAUUUAAAUUCUGAGAGUAUGGACAAUAUGCAAGAGGAGAAUGAAUCAUCUGGAGAUGAAGACGCUACUGACUUAUCUGACGACGAGACUGAUGUUUGUACUGAAGUCAACAGUGAUUAUGAGGGAAAUCUUGAAGAUUCCGAGCAUUCACAGAAAGCUAGUGGUAAAAGUGUCAUGGAUAGUGAUGGGGUAAAACGUUCUAAAGCAAAGAAGAGAAAGUUUUCUGAUUUUGAUGAAGAGUUAAAUGCUGCCAGUAAAAGUCUACGCGCUCUUAAAAAACUCGCUGGAGAAAAGGAGGAGCCAGCCUCUGUGGAUUUGGAUGAUUGUAUCUUGUCAAAUGAGGAUUUUAAACGAAUUAGAGAGCUGAAGGCAAUGAAAGAAGCAAAGAUUGCUAUGACACAGCAUGGUAUGUUGCGGAAAGGUGUAGAUGGAAAAUCAGCGCCAUUUAAAAUCCCAACCUCAGAGCAGUUGAGUUCCAAGCGCGUGGAUGCUGCGAAACUUGAGGCCAACAUACGGAAAAAGCUAACCAAGGAUGAAAGGCUGGCAAUGGUCAAAGCAGGGAGGGAAGAAAGAGAAAAGUAUCAAUCUCGAGCUGCUACAAAGCAGAAAAAGACUGGUGGGACAAGCAAUAAGCAGAAGCAACACAAAAAGGCCAUGCCCAUUGCUGCAAAGAGAGCAAAGAUAGCAAAAUCUCGGCAGGAGAAGAAAAACAAACAGAAGCAUGCUAGCAAACAAUUUAGGGGGAGGAAAGCAUGGAAGUGAUUCAGAGAAUGUUGUCUUGAGGUUGGUGUUCAAGCAGACAUAUAUAUUCCCGGAGAAAUCACAUUUUUUAAAGUCAAAAUAUUUCUUAGUAUUUAUGUUUUUAGUCUUGCUGAACUAUUAUGAUUUAGUUUUCGCCCUGUAGCUGACAUUAUUCGAUAUAGGAAUUUUUUUUGUGAAACGACAGGUUUAGGUAUGAACUCUCAAGUGUACCUCCAAUUUUGUGAUUUAUAAUAUUGUAUACAUUUAUGUC